UCGCCGCCGAACGCGAAAUGAUCCCGCUCCGCGACUGAGAACCAGGAUCCGUAACGCUCGGCGGAGGCUAAGAACACAGCUCGAGGCCCGCAGGAUGCAGUUUGUGAGGCACCUCGGGCACGGCGGGAACGGGGUGGCUGCCGCGUUUCGUUUCCCAGAUCCCGGUCCCAACGGCGAGAGAAGGUACCUCGUUGCCAAAUCUAACCACACCGUCAACGGAGACAUAUAUAUCAGCUGGGAAAGAGGUCAUACCAUGAGAUUCCGAAAUGCCAUGCAUAUAGUUCAGCUGGAACAGCCGGCCCCGUUGGUCAACCGGCGGAGAUCCGAGAGGAUACGAGCGCGCACCCCGGGCCACCCGGAUGGUUCAUGGCCAAACCACAUCGCCGAUGUCAACAAUAUUCUGUUCCUCGAGUACCUGCCCAGAGGGAGUCUACACAAGGCACUGUGCACCAUGCAGAGCAGACAGAUGGUGGUCCCGAACCGGGCCUUGUGGCACAUGUUUCACUGCCGUAAGUUAAUGUCGUCGACUAUUAAUUAAUUACCGGGCUUUGUUCUUGCGCAUCCCUGACAUCUUUUCUC